AUGAUUUGCAGUCCCCCAGGGCCCCAGUCCUUUCUCAUCCUGUUUCAUGCCAUCUCAGCCUGCUCUGUUCUUUCCGCAGCUCGGCACAGACCGUCCCGGCUCCUGCACCGACCGUCGCUCCCAAAGAUGGCUCCUCAGAUGUCCAAGGCCGCUGCGGCCGCCGCGGCCGUGGCCGGAACCGCCUUCGUGGCCCUCCCUGGGCAGCGCGUCUCCGCCCCCAGCAACGCACCAGCUCUGCGUGGACGUGCGGGCCAUGCGAGCAACACCGGGAUGCUCAGCACGGUAGGCGUUGCCCUGGGUGCCACAGCCGUUGCGGCAUUGCGGAAGAAGGAGACCAAGGCAUCGAGCGCCGUCCGAGCCUUUGAGAAUGAACUUGGCGUGCAGGCGCCCUUGGGCUUUUGGGAUCCUGCCGGCCUCUCGAGCGAUGGUGAUGCGAGGGAAUUCUACCGCCGCCGCGUUGUGGAGAUCAAGCAUGGCCGUGUGUCGAUGUUGGCUUGCACCGGCUACAUCGUUCAGGAGUUCUUCCGCUUCCCGGGCUACAUCUCCCCCAGCAGCGAACUGAAGUUCACCGACAUCCCCAAUGGUCUGGCGGCCGCCACCAAGGUCCCGGCCGUGGGCUGGUUCCAGUACACCAUCUUCUGCGGCAUUUGCGACCUGUGGCUCCUGCAUCAGGUGCCCACCAACCCAGCAGGAAAGCUUUGCACUCGGCUCUUCGGAGAGGGAGCCACCAACUACGAGUACGGCUUCUUGGGCCUGCCGGGCUACCUGGGUGGCAAGGCCAUCGAGGACCCUGAUGUGAAGAAGAAGAAGCUCAACGCGGAAAUCGCCAACGGUCGUUUGGCCAUGAUGGCGAUCAUCGGAAUGUUCUUUCAGGAUGGUUUGACGGGCUCGGCCUGGGGUGAUUGGGCCAACUACACCGAGUCGCCUUUGCGCGCCUUCGAGAGCGAGCUGGGUGUGCAGGCGCCCUUGGGCUACUUCGACCCCAUGGGCCUCUCGAAGGACGGCGACGUGGACACCUUCCGCCGCCGCCGAGAGUGCGAGCUGAAGAACGGCCGCGUGGCGAUGUUCGCCACCAUCGGAUACAUGGUGCCGGAGUACUUCAAGUUCCCCGGAUACUUGGCGCCUUCCGCGAACCUGAAGUUCGCCGACGUGCCCAAUGGCGUCCAAGCCAUCACCAAAGUGCCUGCUGAAGGCUGGCUGCAAUGGGUGGCGCUCUGCGGUCUCUAUGAGUUUUGCGUGAACACCCCCGUGGAUCCCGCGGAGCCUGGCAACUAUGGCAAGGGCAGGUUGGGCUAUGGCAACAUGGUCUUGGGCAUCACCGCAGAGCCCAUGCAGGAUGCCGAGGCCAGGAAGCGCGCCUUGAACUCCGAGUUGGCGAACGGGCGUUUGGCCAUGAUGGCCAUCGUUGGGCUCUGGGUGCAGGACGGCCUCUUUGGCACGCCCUAUGGCCUCUACACCGGCUCCAGUGCCUUUGAGUCGGAGCUGGGCGUGCAGCCGCCCGUGGGCUUCUGGGACCCCUUGGGCUUUACCAAGACCGACGAUGCCGCCUCCUUCCGCCGCCGACGCUACGUGGAGCUCAAGCACGGCCGUGUGGCCAUGUUCGCCUGCCUGGGAUACAUUGUGCCUGAGUACUACCGUUGGCCCGGCGAUUUGUCGCCUUCCCUCGGACUCAAGUUCACUGACGUGCCCACUGGCUUCGCCGCCUUCAGCAAGGUGCCCUUGAGCGGCUGGGCUCAGAUGGUCUUCUUCGCUGGGAGCGUCGAGCUCUUCCAGUACGUGGACGAUCCCAAGCGCCCUCCAGGCGACUUCGCCAACGCGGGCUUCCUCGGGGUGCCCAACAGCUUCGUGAAGGCACCAGCGGACACCAAGGAGAAGAAACUGGCCGCGGAGAUCGCCAACGGACGAUUGGCCAUGAUGGCAAUCAUUGGAAUGUUCUUCCAGGAUGGUUUGACUGGCUCUGCCUGGGGCGACUGGGCCAACUACACCGACUCCCCACUGCGCGCGCUGAGCCCGGCGCAGGAGUGCAUUGCGGGAACUGGAGGUCCUUUGCCUGACAUGUAUUGGGACCCGGCUGGCAUCUCCAGCAAAAAGAGCAAGGAGGAGAUCUUGGAGCUGAGGGCUCAGGAGCUGAAGCACGGGCGCGUGGCCAUGUUGGCGGUGAUCGGCUGGUUCCAUGUGGCCGGCGGCUUUCACAUCAUCGGGGACUACGCGGUGGGCGUGCACUUGGAUGACAACCCUUUGGUGAGCCUGACGCAGAUGCCCAUGGGCGGUAUUUGGCAGGUGGUCUUCACGAUCAUGUGCCUUGAAUGGCUCACCACCUACGUUUGCAAGCCUCCGGCGGAGAAGCCUUGGGACAUCCUGGGCUGGUCCGACAUCCUGAUUGAGGAUGAGAAGAGCAUCUGGAAUCAGUUCAGGAAGGCGGAACUCCAGGAGCUGAACAACGGCCGCCUGGCAAUGAUGGCCAUUGUCGGGCUGAUUACCCAGGAUGUGCUCUUUGGCGAGUACGGCCAGCGGUUUGCCCAGCUGAACUGGGACAAGAACUUCUUCCCCCCAGACCAGGGCGUCUAUGAGCCUUUCGUGCUGGCGGAGGAGCCCAAUACGCACGUCAUCAUCAUGAGCAGCUUGGAGCAGGAUCUCCUCACCCAGGCCAUUGGCAACCUGCCUUGCUGGAUCAUCGCUGAAGGAGGUGUUUGUUACCGGGAGCCAGAUGGGACCUGGUCGAACAUGGAGCUCCUGGACAAAGAGUGGUUGGCACCUGCAAAGGAGAUCAUGGAGUACUUCGCUGCUCGAACUCCGGGCUCACGGGUCAUUGAAACCAUGUCCUCGGUGUCCUGGCAUUACCAGAAGACCCAGGGCGACCAUGCUGCCAUCCAGUCCAAGGAGUUGAUGAUCCACCUCUGGGCCGGGCCGCUCCUUUCGGCGCCCGCGGAGGUGGUGGUGGGCAACGACGAGGUGAGUGUCCGACCCACUGGGGUCAGCAAAGCGUCCCAACUCGAGAAGAUCUUGCAGAGGAUUUGCUGCGAGGACGGAGGCACGAUGUCUCCAAAGUGGCUUUCUGAUGUUGUGGUGAUCUGCAUGAGCGACCUCAUUACGAAAGAUGAGGACGUCUACUUGACACUGCAGAAGUUCUUUGAGCAAGAUGCAGCGGACAAAUGGAAGGUCACCUCGCCCUCCUUAGACCGCCUGCGCAGCGAUGACUCCCACGUGUCCGGCCCCAUGCGCACGGGCGGGAGCCCCGGACGCCUGAGAGGACAGCCGGAGCUUCCUUUUCUGGCAGGGACCGAACAAGAUCUCAUAGACCGGUGGGAUGAAGAAGAGGCGCCAGAAUGGACCUUCGAGCUUUGGCUGACCUGGCUCAGCAAUAUGGAGGUGGUGCUGAGCACGAAGGUGGCCACAGGCAGGCGCAGGGCUGCUGUGCCUUUGAGGCAUAAAAGCCGUGGGGCACUCUUGCGGCUGCUGGGACCAAAGCAGAAGCGCCAAGCUGAGGCUGCGAAGGCCUUCCAGUCUUUAGCCAGGCAUGCCAAUCGCACAGGUCGAAACAGGACUGCUGACUACAACGUGCCCGGCAGUGGUGUUUGCAAGGGCGUUUGUAAGACAGGCAAAGGCAAAUGGAAAACGUGGACGCCUGACGCCGUGUUGAGAAGUGCCUUUGCAAGUGAGGGCAUGGCCGUGAGGCAUGUGGCCUCUCAAGUCGAUGGGAGUGGCCAUCGGCAUGCUGCUGAGUGUAAGCAUUUUGCAGCUCAGCUGGUAAUGGCUGGCCAGAAGGAUGGACUAGCCCAAUUCUUGGCACAGGCUGCCCAUGAAGCUCCAAGAGGAGACCAUGUUUUUGACUUCGCCUUGACCACGUUCAUGUUUGAUGAAACAGAAUUAGAGGUGAAUUUGCACGAGCUGGGGCUUGGAGCCUGGUCUGUGCUUGCCAGACCCAAGGACAUUUUUGCUUCCAUUGAAGUGCGUCCAGCACCGGGCUGGGAAUGUGAUAGAGAGAGUGACAAAGUUCUUCAGCGUUUUGACAGGUUUCAGAGUGUGUAUGGCCUGUGGCCGACCAGCAAGCUGAGCGACCAGGACGUGUGGGAUGCGUGGUCAGGCCUGCAGUCCACCCUCGCGGGCGACGCGUAUGGAGGCAAGGAAGCAGUCAAGUGGGGCCGCGAGGCCUACAACUCUCGGCACCCGUUACACUUGGUCUUGGACUGCUCAAGCUUCAAGAAAGGAUGCAAUGGGAAACUAUGGCUGGGCGGAGAGAACGCAAUCAUGGACAGGAAUCUUCUGACUGAGAAUGGCAUUCAGACAAAUGUACCGGCUUCCCGUCGGCCUCUUCCUGAUGAAAGCAUGACCUACACGGUCUUGGACCAUGUUGAAGCAGGUGCCUUGAUCAACGGGGACGGAGACAUGGUUUCAUGGCUGGAGGUGUGCGACAUGCUGGCAAAGCGGCUUGAGGAAGGCCAAGGCAUUCUGUUAUGCUGCAUGACAGGUGCUCACAAGAGUGCUGCUUUGGCCUGUGGCCUGGUUAUGUAUUUGACUGGAACCGCAUUUGACAAAGCAGAGACCUACUUGUGUAGCUUGAGGAAUUGUGUGGACCUUUCCUUCAAGCCACCUGGGAGAAGCCCCCGAUCAGCCUCGGAUUGGUUGUUAGAGUGGCAAGACCGCAUCCUUGCAGAGGCCUGGACGUUUGACAUAUGCCAGGUUCUGAGCCCGCAUGCCUUCCGAAAGAAGGCAAUCCAGGUUGGCUUUGAGGCGAUGCAUACACGCCCUAAAGCCAAGGCAGCAAAGACAGGGUCUGGGGAGCAGGAUCCUGGUUACAGCAGUGGUGGCUUUGAACAUGGCUUCUCCACGGUUUCAAGCCAAGAGCUGAACAGCUCAAUGGAGUCGGAGGCUUCUUGGGGCUUCACACCUUCUUUGAAACGCUCCUUGCCUACCGCCUCUGGCGAUGGUUUUCUGGCUCUGAAGGACGAACUGGCAAGCAAAGAGAUGCGGGCUGCGAAGCUUAACCAGCUAUGCGCAGACCUUGAAGCGUUGGACAGCAAAAUGAUGGUGCUCUUGAUGCCUGCAGACAAAGUAGCGAUGCCCAGCGUAGCCCAGCAGAAGCAGGCCACUGCAGAGCCGACUGCGCCAAAUGUCAAAGAGCAAGGAGGCUUGAAUGCUGCAGCUGCCGACCAACCAGAGCAGCCCGAGGCUAGGGCCUCAGCGGAUGUAGGCCAGGUUGCCGCUGCAGACAAAGUUCCGGCCACUGGCCAGGUUGCUGACGAGCCUGCGGAGAAGCCUGCUGACCAAGCAGACAUAUGUGACAUAGACGUGCCAGACCAGAAGGAUGACGGCGGCAAUGUGGAGAUGGAAGCUCAGAAGGAGGACGCUCACUGUCAAGGAGGAGAGUUCCAAGUUGAUUACGCCCCUGAUGAGCCUGCAGCCAACUCGAAGAAGCAGGGAGCAGCAGCGAGUGACUGUGGACGGUCUGUUUUGGAGGGUGAGAAGCAGCCACUGGACCACUCUCUCAGGAACCAAGACUCCGAGGUUAUGUCCAGGGUUCUGCAGCUCCUGGAAGAGCAGCGCUUGCAGAGGCAAGCUGUGUUGGCCAGGUCUGAAGAGGAGUUGACCCGCCAGACCCUGCAAGUGGAAGCCCUCAGGGCGUUGUUGGGGCCUGAGCCCCUGACAGUCUUGGACCUUUUGGUUGAUGUCGGGCCGAGCGUCGUGCUGGCCUUGAGUGACAGCGAUGGCAGAACCUUGCUGCACCACGCAGCGCGGAUUGGGGCAUGGCAGGUUGAUUUGGCGCUGGGGUGCAAUGUGGGCUUGGCGAUGUGGCUCCAAAGGCAUUGGAAUGCAAGGCCGCUGCAGCCGCCUCCUCGAGCUUCAGAGGCGCAACAGAAGGCUGUUGCUCUGGUGAAGGAAACAUUCCUUCACCAGCUGAGUGUCCCGGCCUUGAACAAGUGGACAACAAUACAGCCUUGUUUGACGUUGGUGUGCGCCAUGCAGCAGUGGUCCAAUGUCCUGCCUCAGGCCUUUGGCCGUUGUUUCCCUGAAGGGCCUCAGGCCGAGUUGAGCGAGGACGAUUCGCCUGAUGAAGGCGCCGCGCUGGGUGUCCCUUUGGAUCAGACAAAGCGUUGGCGCAAAUUGGCCAGGAAACGACAAAGGAAGGCUGCCUACUUCAUGCAAGACCCACAAAGCAAGUGGGCCACCCUUAUGUGGUCAGUUCUCACUGCGCCAGUCAUGGUGGUUCACUACUCCUUGUUUAAGAGGGGCACUUGGCUCUCUGAGCGACGUUGUGAGAAUGACGAGUUGACAUCCGUCUUUGACCGGGUUGUCCUCACUUCCACAUUUAUAGAGCGGGCUUUUGCCCGCUUGAGCCGGUGGUGCGAUCGCAAAGGUCCCAAACCCACACUGGCAACCCUGGCUGCAAAGAACGCAGUGUAUCAUUUUCGGUAUUUGACCGAAUUGUGGAGGGAGAGGGGCUUCAAGGAUGGAACCUUGACAAAAGAGAGGAGCCAAAAGUGCAGACCUACUUGGGCUCAUGGCGUGCGAAAAGGGCGGACGAGAAAUGGCUUGCACAUAUUUGCCAAGGAGAUGGGCCUCAAACCAAGCAAGGAGUUGGUUCGCCAGUGGCGAUUGCUCAGUCAGGAACAGCGCGAGCACUAUGCAACGCUGGCCAGGGCAGACAAUAUCCAAUCGAGAGCAUUGCAAGCCAACAAGGUUUCUCACAUGGCUGAAUCUGCAGAGGUCAGAGGUGGUUUCUGGCAAAUGAGUACCCCGCAUGGGUUUCCGCUUUGCCGGAACAUUGUGGAGGCCAACCUGUCCAACUUGCGCAGUCUGGCCGAUGAGUUCAAGCGGGCCACACGGUCUUUGUGGCCAGAAAGCCCUGACAGUUUUGACGGCGCGCCUGAGCAGCCGUUUCCCUUGUGGGCGCCAUGUGACCCAGAAUGUUGCCCCCACAGGCUGAGCGACGCACAGCGCUUGUGUUUCACUGCCUUGCUCGAUGUUUUGAGGGAGGUCAUCAUGCGCAGAGGGCCCGCGGCCAGUGAUGUUGGACAAGAACCUUUGCUGCUGCAGUUUUCCUCGACCAGCUUGCGGGCGACUCGCCAGGUUGUUGUCGCGUACAACACGAGAAAGAAACCAAUUGACGCAGCGCUGGUCGAGCUGCAAAGAAUAGAAGAGCCAAACACGAGGCCUGGUGUUUUGGAGGUGUUGGCCUGUGCGCUUGGCGUGGACGGACAGCUGCCUCUGGUUGGGGACGUGCCCUUUUGUGCGCGAUUGGCCGCAGAUGCUUUGGACUGGGAUAUGUUUGUCUUGAAAGUGGGCCCUGUGAGUAGGCUGGAUCACUUUGAUAUUUUGGCCUCUGGCCCAGUUGACGUUCAAGCGUUGAAAGCCGAGAUACUGCGGGAGAAAGAGGCGCAAAGGGCUUUGACCGCGCUGCGCAAGAUGACACCCAGGCCUGUAGGUACUGGCAGAGGCAAAGGCAAAGGCAACCGUCCAAAGGGUCUCGCUAAGGGUAAGGGUAAGGGCCGAGGCAAGCUUGUCACUGCCGACGAGCGCAGCGAUGCGAGUUGUGACGAUGGGGGCGGUUCCUCGCAAUCAGACGCUUCAGAUGACACACUCAAAGAAGAGGGGUCAGACGGGUCAGGCACUGGGGUCGCGCCUGAACAGCCGCAAGUCGCCCCUCCGCCAGUGUCUCUGGCCAGUGAUGGGCCUUUGGCCAGGUUAGCUCCCAGCCAACCGCGGCGUAACCAGAAGCGCGGGAAGGCAGCGGACUCUCAGCGGCCACAGGUGUCUUUGGAAGUUCAAGGGCGAGUGCCCUGGAGAAGCUACGAGAAGGCUCGCGCAGACGAUGGUGAGGUCUACAAGGUUCCCAGCGGGAAACUUUGCCUGGUUUGCUUUAAUGUGUACCGGGCGCUGGGUAGCUCAGCGUCACCUGCAGAGAUGGUCGCAGCCUAUGAGAAUGCUAAGGAUCUGUGCGAAGCUGUGGUAGCUGCCUGUGCCAAGUAUGGGGAGGAUGAUUUCUUGGCAUCUCCAUUGAAGAAGCCGUGCUCUGUGGCCUCAGGCCUCCUCAACGUGGCCGAUAUCUCUGCCACCGCUUCAGCAGUCGAAGUCAUGGAACAGUCACAGGCAGAAGAGGAUUCGCAUGGGUCCUUUGAGGGGGCCAUCCAAGUUUUCUUCUCUGAGCAUGCUGUGGGCCAGAGCUUGGUUGACCUGGCAACAGCCAGGGUCGCAAGUGGUGAAAAGGAGCAGAUUGCGCAGACUGCUAUCAAAGAGCUUGGAGAUGAAUUGCCCAAGUUGCAGGCCUUAUCGCAUGCAUUUUGUGUACAGGGGAUCAAGCUCAUCAAGGAUGACCUGCUUCCAGUGCAAAAGCUGCUGGAUACCUGUGCAAAGUCCGUGAGCGCUUUGAAAGGCAGCAAGGGUAAAGACAAAGAUCAUGGCAGAGCCUAUGACCGCCUCAUGGAGCUCUUGGCUGGUCACAAGGCAACUUUCACUUCAGAGGUCAAGAGACUGCUUGAAGGAGAGCUGAGGGGAAAUUUGGCACAGCGCUUGCAGUUCCUGUGCAACGCCUUGAGCAAUGAUUGCAUGGUGGGGUCCGAAGAAGCAGGUCAGACGCUCAUUGAGUUGGACGAGGUUUGGUCUGGCCUCAAGCAUACCUGCCUGGUUGAGCACACGUUCUGGGAGUCUGGACCGGCCACAGGCCAGGUUGAGGCUGUGUUGCGUGAAUACAAAGACUUGUCGGCCACCCUGUGUGACAUGGCUAAUUUUGUCUUCCUCCAAAACGACAAGUUCAAAGAGAAACAAAAGCUUGACGUCGCCGCUACAACACUCAAGCGCUGGGUGGACAUCGUUCCAAACAAACUCAAGAAGUGGGUCGAUACUGGCUUGGCGCAACUUGUGGAGGACCGCAUGCUGUCCGUCUGCCGCUCAAAGCAGCAAGCUUUGUUUUCCGCUGGGUUGACAGCGGUGGCUGAAGUAACAAAGCAGUGCGUCGCUGGGUCGCCACCUUCCUUCAACCAGGGUGCCCAGCAACAAUUGCUCAUGAAGAUUCCCAAGAGUCACAGCCUGAGGCCCUUGGUGACCUCUUUCUUGGAGGUGCUCACUUUGCAAAGCCAAUCAGGGGACCAGCUGAAGCUGGCCACUGCCUUGGACAUGACCGGCAAGCAUUACCAGGAAGCGCUUUCCACUGCAGAGUGGCAGGAGGACCUGCGCAAAACAGGCCUGAAAGAGGCCAGUGCCUGGCUCAAGGCUCUUCGCCAGAAGGUUGCCUGCGAAGCUCUUGACGAGAUGGAGCGCGCACACAAGAAACGAUGUCUCUCCAUGGAAAAAAUCAAAGUGGCCAAGCUGCCCAGUUUGACGGAUGAGGAGAACUAUCGCAAAGUUGGGCUACGAUGUGUGGGGCAAUUGGCUGACGUCACGGCCCUGCUAGAAAAGGAUUGCAAGGCUCUCAAGACUCUCCGCUCUGCUUUGGUGAGGCUGAAGGCUGCGCAGUUUGGCGAGGAAAACACAACCCCUCUUCUUGCAGAGCUCGAACUUGCCCAAAAGAAAGCUGGGCAUGAUGUGUUUGCGCCUGGUCCAGGUGAGAUUGAGUGCGAGGAGCUGGUGGUACAAACAAGUUUUCAUGUAGCUGCUGUCGCGGCCUUGUGCCUGGUUCGAAACCCAAAGCUUGCGCCUCCCAAUCCCGAUGGUAAAUUGCUCAAACAAGUUGCCGAUAUCUCAGUCACAUUGAGGGGCAAAUGGGAGCUGCUACCGGAGGGCGAGCUGAAGCUUCAAGGGGGGCGUUUGCUCAGUGAAUGCGAAGAGGUUUCGAAGUCCAAGGGCCAGAGAGA